UGUCUUUUAUUUUAUUUUUUUGUUAAUAAUUUGUUUUUGGGUUGCCUUUAUCUUUUGGGCUGUGAAAGAAAGAAAGUCCUGUCUAUUUCAUAUGUAACAAUAAUGUUAAUACCUCCAUGCGUGAAAAAAGACCGCUCCUUCUCUCCCUUAUCUCUCUCUUUCUUUCUUUCUUCUCUUUGCUGAAAAAGACUUAGAACCUUCUUGAAUUCAAACAAAAGGAAGUUUUCAAAUAAAACCAGCGCCGAUCUGGGUUUUCCAUCUAGGAAUAGAUAAUUGGGAGGAGGGGAGUGAGUAAAACAGAGAGAUGGGAGGUGUUACAUCAUCAAUGGCUUCCAAAUUAGCUUUCUUUCCCCCAAACCCACCUUCAUACAAACUGGUUACGGAUGGCCUCACUUCUCUUUUACUUCUCAGUCCAUUCCCUCACCGAGAAAACGUAGAAAUCUUGAAACUUCCUACGCGUCGUGGCACAGAGAUUGUCGCUAUCUAUGUUCGACACCCUAUGGCUACUUCCACACUUCUCUACUCUCAUGGUAACGCUGCCGAUCUAGGACAAAUGUAUGAGCUCUUCAUCGAACUCAGCAUCCACCUCAAAGUUAAUCUCAUGGGGUAUGAUUACUCUGGAUAUGGACAAUCUUCCGGAAAGCCUAGUGAGCAGAAUACUUAUGCAGAUAUUGAAGCUGCUUAUAAAUGUCUGGAAGAGAGUUAUGGUGCUAAACAAGAAGAUAUCAUUCUUUAUGGACAAUCUGUUGGUAGUGGUCCAACUUUGGAUCUUGCUGCUCGUCUUCCUAAUCUUAGAGCUGUUGUUUUGCAUAGCCCUAUUCUUUCUGGGUUGAGAGUUAUGUAUUCUGUAAAACGCAGCUAUUGGUUUGAUAUUUACAAGAAUGUAGACAAAAUUCCUCUUGUCAAGUGUCCUGUGCUCAUAAUUCAUGGAACCUCCGAUGAAGUUGUUGAUUGUUCUCACGGUAGACAACUGUGGGAACUAUGUAAAGAAAAGUACGAACCUUUAUGGCUCAAAGGAGGCAAACACUGUAACUUAGAGCUAUUCCCAGAAUAUAUCAGACAUUUAAAGAAAUUUGUAUCGAGCGUUGAAAGAUCACCUUCACGACGACACUCUUCUAGAAGGAGCACAGACCACUUUGAAAACUCAUCAUCGAGGAGAAGUACAGAUCAGCAGUUUGAGCAGCCACGGAGGAGUUGUGAUGUUGUUUUUGUUCCUGUCGAGUCCUGUAGUAGAAAAAGCACGGACAGAAGGGAGAAACCGAGGAAGAGUACAGAUAGUAGACACGAGAAAUUGAAAAGUCAAUUUUCUCACCCUUCGGAGAAGUUAGAGAAGAUGAAGAUGACUUUUGAUCAAAUGGAAAGGUCGAGGAGAAGUGUUGAUUGUUUUGAGAAAUCGCGAAAAAGUGUUGACCAUCAAAUGGAGAGAGCGAGGAAGAGUGUGGAUAUGGAGUGGAUAAGGUCUGGUUGAUUUGUUUUUUUUUUGGAGGGGGGGUUUCGGGGGCAUACAAAGGUAAUAGAUGAAGGGAGAAGAUGGUUUGUUUGUUUGGGCUUGAUGAUGAAAUGAAAAGUGGAGUUGAUUGUAAUUUUAUGGUUUUAUGCAGUUGUAGUGUAUUAUUGGUUCCACUUUGAAUGAUAAAAAGAGGAUUGUUCCUUGGUAAACAAACUGGUUUUGGGUAUUUUAUUUUAUUUCAAUCUAUUAUAGCAUCGGUUCU